GUUGAAGAAACAGGGUUUUCCAGAAUCUCCCGUGACUGGCUAGUCGACACACAGAAGCGCGGUUACUCACAGAAAUAAUGGGAUAUGAUAAAUCCGCGGCUAUAUUUCAUUUACUUUGUUUCACGACACUUUCGUUCGACAAAAUUGGAUAUAUGAUGCAAAUGUCGAUGUGCAGCGCAAUCUUAUCUUUCACCGCCUACUUAAUGUUUUUCUCCUUCUACCUUUGACAUUUUCUGGAGAACCCUGAGAAAACUAAAAAUGCCUGGCACACAAAGUCGUAUAUAUAGGCUUGCGAAUUCUUGGUUAGAAGUUGUGCCUCCUUUGUAUGGGCUUAGUUAAUCCUAUCAUAUUUUGAUUAAAUGAGAUUUUUUUGUUUAAGUUAUGUAUCCACAUCUUGAGAUGUGGACACCCCAGGCCUUGAGCUCCUGCUUUUUUAUAACAUGCUCCAUGAAUUGCGUUUGCUUAUGUACCGAUGAGGUAGUGGCCCGUAGUGGACCGCGAAAACUUCUUUAACUAUCCAACUUAUCCAACCUCAAUCGUGAUUAUUGUUGUUUUAGUAUCACUUUGAUCCGCAUACUGGUGCCUGGGAACACAAACAGUUCAAAAAGGACAAGGGAGAAACACUGUUUAGUUUAUAUGACGUAUCUUACGACGAGAUUGGCGUGAGCAUAAGCAGCAAAAGCAUCUGCAAGGACUAUGAGGGAACACUCGAUGUAAGCUACGUUUUGAAAUAUCGUAGUUAUCUUAUUUUCAAGUUGAAAACAUUUCGUGACAUCUGCGAUUCCUCAGUGUCGUGACCACGCAAACGAAACUCUCAGGCCGUACUUAAUCAUGUGUGAAACACACCGAUCUGUAUUUGGGCCACUGCUUUUUAGACUUGACGGAUAGUGCCAAGGAAGGGAGGGUUGCUAGAUGUGAUUGUCUUUGACAAGUGCGCAAGUGCGUGAUGGUCGAGAAAAAAUGCUCUGCAGUGACUUGCCAAUGAUGAGUGCCGUCUGUCUAUUGGGGUAUAUAUGCGAUUCGCGUGGCGAUUAUGAGCACUCAAUUUAAGUAAGCACUAAUUUAAGCACUACAAUCUUUUAGGAUAUUGCAGAAUCAGCAAGAAGAGUUUUCGAGGAUGCUGUAAAUGUAAACAAGGUAAGGGAACUAUUUAAUAUUGUGUUAUUGUAAAGAUGUGCGUUUGGUUAAGUUUCAGGAAUUUCAACUGCUCAGAUGUUAAAUGAUUCACUUUAGUUUGGGCUUCGACAGAACGGCAAAUUAUGGCAAACUCGCGUUAGGCGUUUGGCAUCGCUCUUUAAUGAACGCUAAAUAUCAGAGAAUCAUUAAGACUAACGAUAACAACUUCAAACUUAAGUAAUCUUUGACAAGUUUUAGUUUGGCCUUAGAGUUACGAAGAAUGAAAACUGAUGUCAUUUUAAGCUAUUUCACGGAAAGCAAAUAUAUUAUAAACAAAUAAAUAAAUGAAUAAAAAACAACGAGAAGAGGUAAUUUUGAUGGAAAGAAAAGAUCCAGUUUCGAAAUAUCAAGUUUUAUUGACUCUUAUAAGAUCCAUAAUUAAAGCGGAAAAGCACUACAAAUUUAAGUUUGUGUCUGUUAUGUUUGUUGUGUUUAUCUUAUUUGUUUCUUAUUCCUCCAUUUCUCGUUAUUUCAUUGGUAUAGGAAAUCUCAACAGUGGAAGAUGAAGUACUGGAAUUCACAGACGACAAAAACCAAUUAGUGUGGUUUCUUCAGCCUAAUGAGGCUCAGUUUUUCCUAGCUGCAGAGACUUUGAAAUUCAAACCGAAACCUUUCGGUAAAGCCAAAACUCCUUUUACGCCAAUACAUGGCCACUCACCACAACUAACCCCAGCCAGCUCAAAUCCAAGUCUGCAUUUGUAUACAGUAAAGCCGGACAGCGAUACAAGUCGGUCAGCGGAGUCUUCGGAAUCCGAAGAUCACGUGCACAAUAGCGUCGCUCGUGAGGCCUGGGGUCCAGGAGAAAUAAUUGGAAGUUAUUCCGGUGGAAAGAAGAAGAGGAAUUGUUUCUGUAAAUUGAAACGUGUAUUACAAAAAAUUGGCAAAUAGUAUUGUAAUUGCUAUCAAAGCGAGAUAGAUCAUUUAGUAUCGAUGUUGCUGCGUGUUAUUAGUCAAAAGGAUAAUUGGGCAAUUAAUCUAUUUUUUAAUUUAUUUAUUAUAAGAGUGGUAUCCACAAGGUUAAUGCUUAUUUAAUAAGCUGUAUUUAAAACCGGCUCGCAAGUGUUCGAAGUUGUGUUAUAGGAAAAGAACUCAGUUGAGCUUCACAUUUUCAACUGAGUCUCGAUAAGAGACGUCUGCGCGCAUUUGUAAGCCAUUGAUUUGGCGAUCACUUUGCUAGGUUUUUAUCACACGCGUCACUUUGUUUUAGCAAAUUGUAGGUUCAAUGCUUCAUAUUUUGGUUUGGUUACUGUUCAGCGUCUUUCCAGUCUUCCGUUUAACGUUAUUUAGUCGGCGUUACACCAGCCUCAACACCAAGAAAGAAAAUAACACUAAACCUGGAAAAGCUUGCAUUUAUGAACUGUUAUUUAUAUAGCGAGGUCGAGCAAACUUUCACAAGUCCCUAAAUAGGUGGAAAUGAUUAUCUAUUUAUUUCUAAAGAAUGUUUGAAAUUAUUAAUAUGGUCCUGAGAUAAGUUACUGAAAACUAAUAGAAAACUAAUACCUCACGGUAUAUAAAUAUCUUCCAGAUUUUUUCUAAUUGCUCUUUUUGUAUCAUUUUUUCUUUUUAUUUUGAUCAGUCAGUUUGGUGAAGAUAAUCAGUAGGAUAAUAAAGUUCAACACACAUAAUAAAGAAAAAACGGAUCAAUUUAGGUUUGUGGGAAAAUGCCCACCUACCCCUCCCCUAACUGAACGUUGACAUGUAGGUCUCACUUAGGGGCAAAAUGUUGGGUUAGGGGAGUGGUAGGUGGGGUAGAAACCUUAAUUGAUCCGAAAAAACGUUGUUUGUCUUAAAACUGUAUUGAUUACUCUGAGUAGGGGACAGGACAGUAGACGCAAGAGGGUGGAAUGGGGACUGUUUUAUGGGUAUGAC